AUGAAUACAUUCGACUCAUCGGCGCCCCCUCCGACAGGUCCCAGGUCCUCUGAAGGUGCCAAAAACAACCAGUCAUCGUCACGCUCGCCCACAGAUUCAGCGCUAUCAUCGUCCUUCGGCAGCAACCGGUCCCACUCAAGCUCCUCGUCCCGAAAAAAUGCGCGUAGCCAGAACCCACUUCAGACCUCAUCCCAAUCGAACGAGUCCACCCCAAUCAACACAGCUGGUCCCGCUGGUCGCAACUAUCAGUCCACAGAGGGAGCAGGCGCCUCCCAGCUCAAAGACCUCCAAAUAAACAACGCGAACAGUGGCAAUGGCGCCCAACCAGUCAACCAAGCCCCGGCUUCCGAGCCCCAACAGUCCUGGUAUGGUCGACUCGCAGAUCGAUACGGCAGCCUCGAGCUAGAGAACAAAGGCAGUGUAGCCCGCGAUCACCUCGCAUUAGAACGAACCUUCCUAGCCUGGAUGCGCACCUCCCUAGCCUUCGCCUCAAUCGGCAUUGCAGUAACACAACUCUUUCGCCUGAACAGCGCCUCGCCAAAAACACGCGCCAACUCCUUCGAUCUGUCAUCCGACUCACACGCAGACAUACUUCCACCGUACCUCGCCUCGUCGAGCUAUGAUGAGUUUCACGUCAGUGCAUCCGCCCGUCUUCGUAGCGUGGGUAAGCCCCUCGGCUCGACUUUCAUCGGCGUCUCGAUCCUUAUCCUUGUUGUUGGCUUCCACCGCUACUUCCAGAGUCAGUAUUGGAUUAUUCGGGGGAAGUUCCCGGCUAGUCGGGGCAGUGUGGCACUUACGGGAUUCGUGGCUGCUUCGCUGAUUAUUGCUACUCUUGCGGUAAUCUUGGCGGUUUCGCCGGGGGCUGUUGAGACUUAG